AAAAAGACGUAGCUUAUUUACAUAAAAAUAAAUUCAGAUUUUGUUAAAAAUGAGUUUUUCAGGCUUAAUUAAACAAAAUGCACUUAUAUCAAGUCAAUUAUCUCGUGGAAUUCAAACUUCUGCUAUUUUAGCGAGUGUCCAGUCUGGAAGAUACAAAAUUACACCAAAAAGAGAUCGACCAUUGACGUACGAAAUGGCAAAUCCACCUCAUUAUAUUGCUCAUAGAAAAGGUUGGAACUCUUGGAAUACAUCCAAUCUACGAGGAGAAUUAAGAACAGCACAGUGUAUAACUGAGGAUGCAUUUAUCAGGAAGUUCAUGACUGGAACAUGGCAUUCGUUGGUACUAUCUGAAGUCAUUAUCAAGCGUCAGUUCAAUCACAUUCGUAUUGCAGCCCUCAUAAAGCAAGGAAUAAGUUCAAGAAAGAUGUACUUUUUAAUAGGAUACACAGAAGAGCUCCUUUCAUAUUGGCUGCAAUGUCCGGUAACUUUAGAAUUACAGACCAUAACUGAUCCGAAAGAUGUCAUCUUUAAGUACAUUUAAACUAGUAACAAGAUUUAGACAUUACAAAUACACAAACAUUUUAAUUAG